ACCGUUCCGUCAUUUGGUUCGCCAGCUAGGUAGAGCAAAGAUAAAAAAAAAUCGCGUCGGCAAUAGGCAGCACCGUGUUGUUCGCGUUCGUUUUAUCUGUACGUGAUUAAGUUAUUAUUCCCAUUCUGGAGUGUUUGUGUGUUUGAGCGAAGAUAGAAAUCUAGACGACGAUGGCUUAUCAGGGAGGAUACCCGCAACAACAGUAUGGAGGCUAUGGACAAAACCCGGCUGCAGCGGGCGGGUACGGAGGCGGUUACGGUGGUUACGCACCGCCACCGCAGCAACCGCCCGUCAAUCCGGAAAUCCAGAACAUUUUCCGCAACAUCGACAAAGACAACACAGGCCGCAUCAACAACCGGGAGCUGCAGCAAGCGCUGAUCAAUGGACGGGGCGACCACUUCUCCGACACGGCCUGCAAUUUGAUGAUCAGCAUGUUCGAUCGCAACAAGACCGGCACGGUCGACAUCUACGACUUUGAGAAGCUGUACAACUACAUCAACCAGUGGCUGCACGUGUUUAAGAACUUCGAUCGCGACGCAUCCGGCCACAUCGAGGAGUCCGAGCUGACCCAGGCGCUGACGCAGAUGGGUUUCCGCUUUUCGCCCCAGUUCAUACAGUACCUGAUUGCGAAAAACGAUCCCAUCAACCGGAAGGAAAUCUCGGUCGACCAGUUCAUCGUGACGUGCAUCCAGAUACAGCGCUUUACUGACGCGUUCCGCGUCCGGGACACCGAGCAGAAGGGCAUCAUUACGAUCGGGUUCGAGGACUUUCUCGGCAUCGCGCUCUCCAUGUGUUCCUAAAACUGUGCCGGCGGGGACAGUCAGGCCGAAUGAACUUCGAUGCUCCUAACCUAACCGCUAUCGUUUCCACACACACAUACACACACCGAGACACACAUACAGACACACACAUACAGACACACACACUUGGACACGGACACACAGCCGGCACAACACAUCAACACAAACACGGGGCAGCGAUAAAGUAAAGCACGGUAAUGAUUCACUGUUAAAGUAUUCUACUAACGGACAAAGCGACAAACCGACAAAACAAAACCAGGAUGUGUGUGUGUGUGAAGAUGUGUGAAGUACGGAAAGACCUGGCCCGGAGAGGAUGGACGAUACCGGAUGUUUGUCUGGAUGAGCCUUAUUCAGUUGAAUGAAAUACGCUUUUGUGAGAAUCAAAAAGAACGAACACUCAGAUGGAGAGGAAAGGAACUCGCUGAAGGGAGGGGGAAUCACCCGCAAACCAAGCGGACGCAGACGAGAAACAAUCAGUGCAACAAAUGAUGCCCAAGCAAACGUACUGUAAACCCGGUUAACAUUCAUUAACUUAUUCCUAAUGCCCGUAACACCAAUAAUAAUCAUCGUAUCGUAGUGCAGGAGAAAGGUGUAAUAGUACAGCAGAAGGUUCAACUAGACACACAAGAAAAUGGCACACAAACACACACACACACACAGAUAGAACAACAACUCAUAUAUAUGCGUCAUAAUUUAUAUCUACUUCAAAAAGCUAGAGCAAACGGCAUGUGCGGAAACGGAGAUUGUACGUCAAGUAGUGCUGGUGGAGGGGUGCAGGCUGGGAAAGGGCGGCAAACAUGCAUGCCAAACAUUAAUGCGGGCCCCCAUCAUCCACAUGCGUCUUGGGUUCCGUGAGGAGAUAGAGAGCGAUUCCCCUGUGCUGCACGUGUGUGUACUCUGCUGGAGCCAGUUAUAUCUUUUGAGUUGAUUAGCAAUGGUUUCUGCGCAUUGGAGCUAUCGUCGUCGUCGUCGUCGUCUUGUGUGGUGUAAGUUUUUCGCAACCGCCGCCAGAUUGUGCUGAAUGAUGAUGAUGUUGGGGUGGGGGUUGUGGGGCUGCUAGCUACUAACGGGCUCUCUUAGUAACUUGAGCGAAGGUAGCAGUAGCGAGCGGGGUCCGGUGGUGGCGGCGAUGGCAACAACGACGAAAAAAUUAUUGUAUUUUAUUCUAUUGGUAAUAAAUGUACUAUUAUCUAAUA